AUGUCUAGAGUUGAAGAUAAAUCUAAUCAUUUUAAGACUACUUCACCAACCCAUCAACAUCAUCGCCAGUCUACUUCACGUCCACUUAGUCAGAUUCAGUCUAAUACUAUGAACACUAAACAACAACAACAACAAGACCAACACCAUUCUCACAGAACAAACAAUCCCAAUAACCUUUUGAACAAUAAUCACAUCUCACAGAGAAACUCUACGCUCAAUCCCAAUCAUUUCAUCCAAUCACCACACCUUCAAACACCUCCUCGUCAAGUACCAGCUAGUCGACAUUCUUACUGCGGUGCCGCUGGUCAAAUUCCACAACAACCACAACCGCACUUUCUCAACCGACCACAAUUUCCUACUCAUGCUCCGCUUCAGAUCCCAAACCAAUUCAAUCCAUUAACCUACAAAAGACUUUCGUACAUGCCAAACAGUCAUCAUGUAUCAUAUCAUCAAGCGUCUAAUUCGAUCCAUUCAUUGCAUGGAUUACCUACGAUAGAAGUUCCUAAUGUGAAUCCUAUUCAAGCAUCAUUCGAAUCACCACAUUCUUCACCUAGUUCGACCAACACUUCAUAUCCGAUCUCUUCAAUUCUCAAUAGUCCUCGUAGUCCGCUUUCGAAAAUUGCUAAUCAUCAAGAAUCUCGAUCAAGUUCUCAUGAUCAACCUGAACGAAUCGUGACUGGGAUCUUAAGAUCUUCACUUCCUCCUCAACAAAGACCUGAUCAACCAACUCUAAAUCAAUCACAAUCAAGACCUCAGUCUAUGAGUUUUACAGAACUUUCGGCUCGUCAUCGGUUAGCUAUCAGUCGAUUUCAACAAAAACCUAGAAAAUCUAAUGAUCCUUCUCCUCAGUUACGUUCAUCUUCUUUAAGUAAAAGUCUUUCUUCACCUUCUACUAGUCCAUCACAUUCACCAAUCGGAUCACGUUUGAUGAAUUCAACAAAUCAACCUAACAAAAAAGUGUCGAAAGAAAAAGAUUCAAAAAGAAGAAAAUCAGUUGAAAGUCAUGAAGAAGGAUGUUCACCUACUACACCCACUCAUCUAAAUGAUCCAAGACCUAAUCAUCAAUCAAAUAGAUCCUCACUUUCACCUUAUGUGAAAAGUUUAAAACAAAUCCAAUCGGGUCAAAAGUUAUCAGAUCAAAGUCAAUUGAAUCAAGCUGAACGCAGGUUAUUAGAUCUUUUACCACCUUUACCACCACCUAAUUUAAUCAUUCAAAAGAAAUCGAAACCUUCUGAGAUCAAAGAAGGUAAAACUGAGGGUCAUCGUCGGUUCAAGGAUCGGUUUAGUUGGUUUGAUUAUUAA